GGGGUCUCCCAGGCUCGUGCCUUCAUGCUUCGAGCUGCCUUCCGUUUUGGGAACGCCUUCAUCUGUCAAUGUAAGAGUGGGAUGCCGGCACUGGAUCUCAUUUUUACGAUCUUGCUGGGUUUACUUAAUUACUACCAGGACACCUCUUAAGGUCGCAGACAAAUCACCUCGAGUUUGUUCCUUUUCGCCCUCGACCAUGAUGACCUCUGACCCUUUCCCACCUCUGCAGCUCAAAGGCGAGAUAAUGGACCUUGAAUUCACUGUUGACACGGACCACCGGAAGCGCAGGAGGAAUCGAACGACCCAGAGCUGCUUGAAUUGUCAUACUUCCAAGCGGAAGUGUGACCGAAAACGACCCUGCCAACGGUGUAUUCAGCUCGGGCUGACUGGGCUUUGCGUUUACGAGAUUGACGAUCCUGCGUUGAGAGAUGACCCAACAUUGGACGAAACGACAAGACUGAGAAACAGGAUUGCAGAACUGGAGAGCCUCGUGCGCGAACUGCGAGGCAAACCUCAUCCCCGCUGGGCGGAAACUACUUUUCGUGAUGGCGAUCCUAAUGAAAAAUGGCAUUCCCGGGCUGCCAAGUGUUUACCAGGUGGAAAGCGUCGAGCCCUCUCCCCGGAACUAGUUCAGGACAGCAACAACACAAGUCAUCCAGCAACGAACGGACGGUCCAGUGUACUAUCUACCCUUCUUUCCCCAAUCAAAACCGAGACCGGUUCCGAUCCUUCCUCUCAGUUGUAUCGAUUUUCCCCCUCCCCCGCACCCUCCAUGCGUUACCAUACCUUCCAGGCAGACGUUCGUAACCCUCCUGUUGAGGGGAAUGGCGGUCAGCGGUCACCAGCUUAUCGUUCUCCUACUUCUGCUGGAUCAUAUCAGUCUUCCGUUGCUCCUACAUCUUCUAGUCCAUACGGGGGCACUUCUGGACAUACAGGUUCCGCGCACGGCUCCUCAUAUUCUGAUGGCGGAAGUAGCACUGGUGCUGCUACCUAUCCUCUUUCGGGAAGCGACGAUGGUCGACCAUAUUCCGACCACUACUCGGCAAGGGACAGUCCCCCUCAUUCGAACAGCUACUGCCUCUGUCGUAACAACGCGGCCGUCAAUCACUCGUACAUGGCGCUCUCUCAGCAGCUUCAGAGUACUCUACACACUGUUCGUCAGUACAACCAUCACUCUGCCAACACACGAUGCAUGGUAUACCGGUGCAUCGCGGACCUAAACUCAGUAUUGGGUACCAGAGGUAACGAUACGACUGACUGCACGGCACCAGCGUAUGACAGUAAUACCCCGACAGACAGUGAGAUUCUGACACCUGCCUCGUCGUCUAGUGGACCGACAUCCUUUCAUGCUGGUUCGUCUCCAAGUGGUGGCGUUUCCCCGCACGAGUGGCCGUCCAUGUCCCCCACGACCUACAACCCUUACUUCCCAAUCCCUGCUGGAGCAGGAGAAUCUCAUCACUCCAUGUAUACGCACGUCAUGUCUUGACCCAGUUUUCCCGUUACAUAGUCUCUCAAUGCGCAAUUUUCAAGUUUUCUUCGCUUCUUGCUUUCACUGCUUUCACUUGUCGAUUACUGUACUACCUCUUAUCUGCUAUGGACUGUUAGCUAUCAUUGUCAUUAUUAGUCAUUACAUACCCCUGCCGUCCCUUGCCUUUCGCUUCUUGUCACGAUGUACGACACGGUACACCUUAUGAUACCAUGGUCCGCUUUUCCACGAGAUUUUUAAAAAGA